GGAAUGGUCGCCUGUCGGCGUGGGGGUUGGACCGCUGCGAGCCAAACAGCGCAAAACACUUUUAAAUGUCCGCCAUGUUGUCCAUGGACUUACUGAAGCACCGGUAGGGAGCGGAGCGUCGGAGGAGAGCAGUCCGACAGAGAGCGACCGAGACCCGGGCCUCCUUCCCCCCCUCCUCCGUGUGUGGCGACGCCCUGAAAAAAAAUCACCCAGCGAGCACCACCCCUCCGCCCGCUAAGCGCCGCGCCGCCGCCCGCCCCAGCAGCUCCAUGAGAGCUCCAUGAGAGGCUCCGGCUCCAGGGCCUCUUCACGCAGAUCGAACCCGGCUCCGCUGCGACUCCACCGGGGAAGAGAUGAGCAAACUGUCGUUCCGGGCGCGGGCGCUGGACGCCGCCAAGCCGCUGCCCGUGUUCCGCUGCGUGGACCUGCCCGACCUGCACGAAUACGCGUCCAUCAACCGGGCGGUGCCGCAGAUGCCCACGGGCAUGGAGAAGGAGGAGGAAUCGGAACACCAUCUCCAGCGGGCCAUCUCCGCACACCAGGUUUAUGGCGAGAAACGGGACAGCAUGGUCAUCCCGGUCCCCGAGGCGGAGAGCGACAUCACCUACUACGACUCCCUCUACCCGGGAGAGUACAAGAUGCCAAAGCAGCUAAUUCACAUACAGCCUUUCAGCUUGGACACAGAGCAGCCGGACUAUGACCUGGACUCGGACGAUGAGGCGUUCCUCAUCAAGCUGAAGAAGAAGAUGGAGAUCAGCUUCCUGCAGUUUGAGGAGAUGAUUGACCGGCUGGAGAAAGGCAGCGGACAGCAGGCAGUGAGUCUUCCCGAGGCCAAACUGCUGCUGAAGGAGGACGACGAGCUCAUCAAGGAGGUCUUCGACUACUGGAGCCGGAAGAGGAAAAACAGCAAGGCCAACUCGCUCAUCCACUACGUCAGGCAGGAGAGGCGAGACGGCUCCAGCACCAGCGACCCCUACGUGGCCUUCCGCCGGCGCACGGAGAAGAUGCAAACUAGGAAGAAUCGUAAGAAUGACGAGGCGUCGUACGAGAAGAUGCUGAAGUUGCGCAGGGAUCUAAGUCGAGCCGUCACCAUCCUGGAGAUGAUCAAGAGGAGGGAGAAGAGCAAGAGGGAGCUGCUGCACCUCACGCUGGAGAUCUUCGAGAAGAGAAACGUCAUGUCGGACUACAGUGGUGAGGUGAUGGCAGAAGUUCUGGCUGAACGGGCGCUGGUGAGGCCGCAGAUCAUUCCUCUGGUCCCUCUCACCAACCAGUACAGACACCAGGACCACAUGGACCUCAAGGACUACAAGUCCAAGCCCGAGAAGAUGGAAGCUCCCCGGCAGAAGAGGAAAUAUGAGAAGAAGCAGAAGGCUCUGCCUCUGUCGUCGGGCGCCCCCCACCACCCUGGUCCUGCCGUCUUCAACGCCAAGGACCUCAACCAGUAUGACUUCCCCAGUUCAGACGACGAGACCUUCUCCCAGCUGCACUCGGGCUCAUCGGAAGCGGAGGAGGAGAACGACCCAGACGGAGGCUACGCCUUUCGCAGGAAGGCCGGCUGCCAGUACCACGCUGCUCGUCAGGAGCGUGUGGGCAGCUGGCCGUGGUGCGACCGCUGGGACGGCGGUUUGGCCGAAGCUCGCUUCCGCUACAGUCUCACUACGCUCACCGUGCCGCGGCGCUGCCUGGGCGUGGCUCGCCGGCGCCAGGGACGAGGCGGCAGGGUGCUGCUGGACCGGGCGCACACGGGCCACGACAACGUUUUCCACGGCCUGGAUCCAGAAACGCUCGACCUGCCUCUCCCCCCGUCCCCCCCUCCUCCCCCCACAGCUACGUCACGCUCGUCAGCCACCGACAAGUUCGCCAGUACCUCAGAAACAAAUACCUCAGACAGAAGCUCCUCCUCCUCCUCCAUCAACUCCUCCUCUUCCUCUCUUUCCUCGUCCUGCCCCUCUUCCACGGACCUCAGUCAGAUACUGUUGAAUAUAAAGACGUGCCGAUGGAGGCACUUUAGACCACGGACACUACCACUACACGAGCUGGACAACGCCCACCCCCUGUUCAGGAGGUUGAGUCGAGGCUUGAAGCGCCCGGGCUCCGCCUCCGCAGCGGGGGGGCAGCCCUUUGGCUCCCAGCGCCUGGCGAGGGUUGUCCCGGCUCCCUCACCCAUUGCUGCUCUCACAGCCGAACAGUACCAGCAGCAUCAGGAGCAGCUGGCCCUGAUGCAGAAGCAGCAGCUGGAGCAGAUCCAGCUGCAGCAGAAAGCCAACAGCACCAACACUGCCAACAGCACACUGGGCUCAGCCAACACGUUGGACCAGGCCGGCGCUCAGUUCGCCGCCUCGGCCCUCGUCACCGCCGACCAGGUGCUGGCCCUGAAAACCAAGGAGGAGCUGGGCCCGGGAGGCGGAGUCAACGGCGUCCUCUCCCCCUCAGGUGUCUACAAGGGCUUGCACCUCUCCAGCACCGUGUCCCCAUCCCCCGCCGCCCCGGCUCCUCCCACCACUUCCUCUACACCUGCCCUGCUCCACCCUUGCACCACCACCACCAGCUCCACCUCCGCCACCAGUAACAACAACGGCACCGCCCACCCCCCCGCCGCCACCGCCAACUCUGCCGCCACCACCACCACUCAGGUCCUGCUGGGAAACAACAGCCUCCGUCUGGGUGCUCCCAGCGGGAAGCGUGUCCACGCCGUGCGGACGCUGAGCUCCACCAUGUCCACAUCCGCCUUAAAGUUCACCCACGCUACCGGCAACUGUCAGAAACCCAAGGUCACCACGACCUCGCCGCUGGACAUAGUGCCCAGGGAGAACCACGAGCAGGACAAGCCAGCACUGAACAGUCUCUCAGAGAACACAGUGGCCAUGGAGGUGACGUAGCCUCUCGCUCGCUGCACCAGAGGAAGAGGAAGAGGAAGAGCCACCACUCCUUUCUCCUUUCUGUUAUCCUUUCAUUUUUUUUAGUUGUUUUUUUUUGGUGCUAUGCAUCAUUUGUAAGUCAUGAAUGCAAGUGGUGUUGGCGCAAUGAGCAAGGCUGGGUUUCCACGGCAACGAUUUUGGGACUUAAUUGCAAUGCUCAUCUCGUACAAAAAAAAAUCAUUUCUUUCUCCCUGCCCCCCCCCACCCCCAACCCCCCAAUUUCCUUAUUUGUUACUGUUAAUAAGAGAUCGUCUGUAAAUUCUUAAUAUGGCAAUUAUAUGUACAGUACUGCAUAUUUGUAAUACCCCCCCCCCUUCCUACACACACA